UAAUUUAUGUCAUAUCGAUGCAUCUAAUACAAAGACAGCAGUUUAUGGCUGAGUGUCCUGGAAUGGUGUAACUAGAUUCAGCAUUUGUAGUUACCUGGAAACAUAAAAACAACAUAUUACAGAUGGAAAAAGAAGAUACGUUCUAAUAACACAGUUGGAAUAUUUCUGCCAAUACUAAAGAAAACAUGAAUGUAACCAGCAUGAAUGACACCCAGGAUGAACCCUCUAGCAGCUAUUCGGAAUAUUCGUACAUACCUGUCACCAUAGUGGCUGUUGUAGCACUAUGUCUUUGUAUUGUUGGCCUAGUUGGAAAUCUUAUUGUGUUUUGGUACCUGUGCUUCAAGAUCCAGAGAAACAAAUACGAAGUUUAUAUUAUGAAUCUGUCAGUAGCUGACGCCCUGUUUAUUGUAUUUACUACCUUGCUUUUGAUGAUCCAUAUAAAUACAAUCAAUGGUACAGAUCCUGAUUUUAUAGGGAAGAAGAGUUUAUAUAUAUUCAUAGAAAUAUUUUAUGAUAUUAUGCAGUAUUCCGGAAUGUAUAUCCUUACAGCUGUCAGCAUGGAACGAUGUAGCUCUGUUCUGUUCCCCUUUUGGUACCGAAGCCAUCGCCCCAGGAACUUGUCCACUAUUAUGUGCAUUGCUCUUUGGAUCCUUGGCUCUUUGGAAAGUCUCCUUGAGAACCUUGUGUGUACAGCAGAUGCUUAUGUGGAACAAACCUCAAAAUGUUCAGCAGUUCAAAUCAUAGUUUUUAUUUUAGCCAUUGGCAUCUGCCUACCAAUUAUGGUAAUUUCCAGCUUCACCUUGCUCAUCAAAGUAAAGAGGUCAAUAAAGCAGCGAUACACACCUAAACUGUACAUCAUCAUCCUUAUUGCAGUUCUUGUAUUCAUCCUAUCAGUUCUUCCAUUUACUUUUUUGUCAUUUUUAAUAUACUUCAAAUUAACAGCAACAGAUUUGGCAACUGUUGGUUUUUUCUAUGCAACAACUUACUGCACAGUGCUUAACUGCACCGCCAAUCCCUACAUUUACUUUAUUGUUGGAAGGAAAUGGAAACAAAAGACCCCUCACUCGAUCCAGGAAGCCCUCCAAAAAGCCUUUAGGGAGGAAGAAGGUGAGAAUGAUGACUCAAACAGCAACAAAACAAUUGACACAUCAAGCUAAACGGACCUUACAGUUGCUGUCUAGAUUUUCUUUCAAGAGCAAAGCACACCAACAAUUAUCUAGUUUAACAAGGAAAUAUGAUUCACUCAGGAUCUACAGAAUAUGAAUCUUAAAGUAGGAUCUAACUUUAUCAAGUCAAACUUCUGUGAAGGGCAAAGACUGGAAAUGCUAAUGAUAUGGAUUUUCAUUUGAUAUGCCUCCAACUGGCUGGCUUUCUUAAAGCAACCCUGCUUUGCUGGAGAAAGUGCUGCUUAAAGUGGUUGUAAACAUUUUUUUUUAAAUAACAAACAUGUUAUUUAAAUAACAAACAUGUUAUACUUACCUGCUUUGUGCAACAGAUUUGCACAGAGCAGCCCUGAUCCCCCUUUUCUAUGGUCCCCCAACAGUGUUCCUGGCUCCUCUCCCCAUAAAGUGCCCCCAUAGCAAGCUGCUUGCUAUUAGGGCACUCAUACUUGCUCACUCCUGAGCCCCAUAGGACACACAGAGUGCAGCUUGGCCCCAUUCCCUGCUCUCUCCUCACUGGCUGUGAUUGACAGCAGUGGGGGCCAAUGAAGAGGGAGAGACGGAGAGAGCCUGUGCCCUAGUGCACAGUGCUGAAUCAAGAUAGGGCUUUUUUAAGUAUAUGUUGGGGUGCUACAUACUGAAGGUUUUUUUACCUUAAUACAUUAGGCUAAAAAAGCCUGAAGGCUUUAGAACCACUUUAAACCAAUCUCAUUUACAUUAGUUAAACCUGUCCUUAAUUUGCACAUUGCUGCUAUAAAUAUAUAAGGUUGUUUAGGAGUUUGAGGUGCCAUUAAUGUACUUUCAUACUUAAUUUAGUUUGCAUAUGGCUAACUGGUUUCAUCACAUGCCUUCUUAUCUUUUUUUAUUUUAAAAUAAAGCACUCAUGCAGUUUUGGAAACUUUUAAUAAAGUUGAGAUUGGGUUAUCUGCUGACUUUUUGAUAUGUGUAUUCUCAAAUAUAUUGGCUCCUGUUCUAUAUAAUCUGUAAUAAGUAAAGCAACAUCUGAAGUGUAAUUGUGCAUAAAUAUUUGUAGCUCACAUUGAGUUAAAAUUCAUUUUUUUUGUAAUAAAACUGAUUAUAACUUA